AUGUUACGAGUCACGCUCUUACUGUGCGUAGUCACGGUUGCAAUCGUUUCCGCCGGUCCAACGGUGAGGAAGGAAGAUACGGCAAACACCAUUACAUCUGCCGUGGAGCCCGUAACAAAACCUCCGGUAGAUGAAAAACCUGUGGCACCGGAAAGCAUUCCUACUCCAGUGAAACUUCCGAUCAGUAAUGACGAACCAUUGAACGAUGCCACGAGCACCGCUGCUAGUGUAACGAAACCAACGGUAAGCGAAUCCACAACAACGGCUGCGUUAUCCACAACAGCGUCAUCAUCGACGAGUGACCGCCCAACAGUGUCCACAACGGUAUCGCCGACUACGACACAGGUCCCAGCGGCGGUCGGCGGUGUGUCAACAGCCCCAACGACUAAGUCUCCUCGCAAAACAAUCACGUUCGAUCAACGCCAAGAGGGCAAAUACAACAUUCGUGCCGAUCUGGAAAACUUUGUAAUCGUUGUCGUCCCAUCCGGUUCGUCGUCCGGCGCAUCGCUGCUCGAUCUGCUGACCCGCUCGGCGCACAAGAAGGAUGGCGCACAUCACCAAACGCGCAAAGCGUCCCACAAGCGCAAGAACAACAAAGCCCACGGUGCACACAAGAAGAUCGCUCAGGUGACGCCUGAAGUGAUUGUAUUGGACGAGAACAACCAACGGUCGAGUCAGCUCGAGACGGAAGAGUUCAUCGAGGGCCGUACGCCGUACAAGGUGGACCUGUCCAGCAGUGCGCGCAGCGUUGACGGAGCCGAUACGAGCUCGUCGGGCCGGAAACCAUCGUUCACGUUCAGCGUGGAACCGGCGUUCUCAAGCCGUUUGGUUCGGUUCCCGGCCGCGUCAGGUAACUAUCCCCAGCCGCACACCGCCCGGGCCCUCCCGGUCGGCGGGCAUGGCAGCGGGCGGGCUUUGCGGGUCGGCGGGUAUCCUAACACUAACACCCUGGUAGUAGCCGCUGGUAGUAGUAGUGCCACUAACAAUCACCUCCUUCCUGGUGACGGGGACAACCCAGAACGUGACGGAACCACCUCCCCGCUACUGCUUGGCCGGAGCAACGACGCCGGAAACGUGGCCGAACCGCCGGGACGUGACGGUAUCGCCGGGGACAACGGGCUGGCCGUGUACCAUUCUCACCAUCCACCUUCCUCCUUCGACAGCCUAGAGUUUGAGCCAUUGCGCUCCGACGUCGACAUGACGCAGCUCCAGCUACAACCGGACAACGAAUACCGCUACGACGAUCUAGAGCAGAACGAUGCCGACGCACUGGACGGGGACUGGGACGAGCUGCGGCUACUCGGCGCACAGGAACAGUGCGGUCCGGACCGGAAGCGGGACAGCUAUGGCGUCUGUCAGUUUGUGCAGCCGUGA